AUGUCGUAUAUGAACAAUCCUUCGAAUGAAGAUGCAAGUGGAAAUAUAUGGAGUUCAGGAUCCCAUGGUGGUUCACGUACAGGUUAUUCUCAUUCUAAUAAUGAUGAAGAUAGUCGUCCACGAGGAGCUGGAUCAUAUCGCGGGUCAUUUGGAAAUAAUAAUUCAAGACAAAGUGGUGGUUAUGGAUUUCGUCGACAAAAUGAUGAUAGAGGUGAAGUUGAAAUUCAAACUGAUACAAUAUUUAUUCAAAAUUUACCAAAAAAUAUUACACGAGAUGAAAUUCUCGAUAUUUUUUCAACUGUUGGACCUCUUAAAACGGAUGAUCGAUCAGGUGGUCCAAAAAUUUGGAUUUAUAAAGAUCGUGAUACAGGUGAACCAAAUGGCCGAGCUACAGUUACCUAUGAAGAUGAUGAAACAGCUAAUAGGGCUAUUGCAAAAUAUAAUGAUCAACAUAUUGAUUCAAUAGGUACAAGUGUACGUGUGCAAUUAGCACAACGUCGUAAUCGUAAUAAUAACAAUGAUCGUGGUGGUCGAGGUGGUUAUCGUGGUACACGAAGUAAUUGGAAUGAUAAUAGUGACUCUCGUCAAAAUUAUAGUUCCGGUGGUAAUCGAUGGGGUAGCUCGGGAAAAGGAUUCUCCAAUGAUCGAAAUGGUAAUAGUAGUGGUGGUGGUUUUCGUAUGAGUAGUGGCAGUGAUUCAUUUCCAGAUGCAAAUGAUCGUGGCAGUGCAUACCGUGGUAAUCGUAGUGGUCCAUAUCGCGGUGCUAGUCGCGGUAGUGGUGGUUCAUCAAGCUAUUCACCAUAUUAA